AUGACAGGUUCUCCUGACACGAUGUCUUCUAUUCCCAACCAGCCCAAGAUUGACGUUUCUGUCGAUGAAGAUUUUGGGGCGCAUAGCGUCUCUCAGAUCAUUGGGCGUCGCCGAAACAAGGCCUCGGCCAAGAAACAACAGCCGUGGGAGCACAGCUACGUUGUGAACCCUGCUGACCCUACGACGACCACUCGGGGUCUUGAUCAGCUCCAUCAGAUUUUCGGCAGAGACAUUGAAUCAAACUGUUCUCAUAUGUAA